AUGACAAACGACUCUUCCCUCUGCCCCAUUCACAGUGGCCUGGAGGCGUUCCCCUACUUCUACUACUUGGUGUUCCUGGCCGGCAUCUUCGGCAGUGCCUUCGCCACCUGGGCCUUCAGGCAGAAGGACACCGAGCACCCGUGCGUGAGCAUUUACCUCAGCAACUUGCUCACGGCCGACUUCCUGCUCACCCUGGCCUUGCCGGUGAAGAUCACCGUGGACCUGGGCGUGGCGCCGUGGAAGCUCCAGAUAUUCCACUGCCAAGUCACCGCCUGCCUCAUCUACAUCAACAUGUACUUGUCCAUCAUCUUCCUGGCCUUCGUGAGCCUGGAGCGCUGCCUCCAGCUGGUCCAAGGCUGCAAGGUCUACCGGAUCCAAGAGCCGGGCUUUGCCAAGAUGAUAUCGGUGGUGGUGUGGCUGAUGGUGCUGCUGAUCAUGGUGCCCAACAUGGUCAUCCCCAUCCAGGACAUCGAGGAGAAGCCGGACGUGGGCUGCAUGGAGUUCAAGAGUGAGUUUGGGCGAAACUGGCACUUGCUGACUACCUUUAUCUGCAUCGCGAUAUUCCUCAACUUCUCCGUCAUCAUCGUCCUCUCUAACAUCCUUGUGAUCCGGCAGCUCUACAGGAGCAAGGACGACGACAGCUACCCCAGAGUGAAAAGGACCCUCCUCAGCACCCUGCUGGUGACCGCGGGCUACAUCGUCUGCUUCGUCCCCUACCACCUGGUCCGCAUCCCCUACACCCUCAGCCAGGUGGAGCUCAUCUCCGACUGUGCCUCCAGAGCCCUGCUCUACCGCGCCAAGGAGGCCACGCUGCUCCUGGCCGUGUCCAACCUGUGUCUGGACCCCAUCCUGUACUACCACCUCUCGAAGGCCUUCCGCGCGAAGGUCACCCAGACCUUCGCCUCCCAGGCGCAGAAGGAAACGCCCGGUGGCGGAAGCAACGCCCCCCACACAGAGGGGACCGCUGUCAGCGCCUGCUAA